AUGGAACGCGAGCAACGGGAUCGGAUCGCACGUGAAAGGGAGGCUAGGGAGCGACAAUUAGCGGAACAAGAGCUGCGCGAGAGGGAACAACGCGAACGGGAGCAGCAGGAGCGAGAGCAAGAACGAGAAAGGGAGCGAGAGAGGGAAAGGGAGAGAGAGAGGGAGAGGGAACGACAGGUACGUGAGAGAGAACAGCAACAGCGUGAGCGGGAAAGGGUACGGGAACGUUUCAACGAGAGGGAGCGAUUCGGGCCUCAGUAUUCCGGGUCACUAUUCGGCUCGGAGCGGAUGGAAAUGCAGAACCCUCCGACAUCCAGCUCCCAUCCCCCGUACGGAAUGACGAUCACGUCCAGAUACCAGGGCGGUCAGAACGGGGUUCCUCAGUCGACAGGACCGCCAGCGGGAUCCAUCUCAACCCCAACGGCCAUGUCCCUUCCCCCGAACUCUGGACCCGGACAAGGACAGAACUUCGGCCACUCACAGAUGGCGGCCUCAUCCUCUGGUCACCGGGAAAACUUCCAGCCGUUCUCUGGGUAUACCGUGUCGAUGCCGCCCAGCCCUUUCUCGAUCACCAACACCAACAUGCCUUUGCCUGCUGUUGGUGAGGACGCCCGCGACAGAGAUGCACGACCACAGCGAUUCAAGCCUUCGCGAGAGACGUCGCUAGGUGGAAGAGAUGAACCUCUUCGAGCGGAGGAUGCGUUGUCACGCGGGUUGGGGCGGAGCUUGUCGAGUCUCAUGGAGGACGAGAAGAAGCGGAACAUCGGCAAGGAUCGGGAUGGAAUCGUUAGGGACAAGAACGGAAUCAUGAGGCUUACCGACUCGGCUCUGACAUACCACAGCCCGCCCAGACGCAGUGCUGGCUUGGGCAUGGAGGCCACCACGAUCGUACGAGACUGGGGCGAUCUGCCAAAGGAGAUGGAUAGAGCGAGUGGCAUGGGCAUGGGCAUGAAGAGAGAUAGGGAAGAUGAUGAGAGCUCGACGUCGAAGACGGAAAAGAAGAAGCGCCACCACCACCACCAUCAACACCCCCACCAUCAUCCGACUCACUAUCACCAUCACCAUGACGAGCAACCAUCUCACAGCCUCGACGCACCGAAGGCUCCUGUUUCCGUGCGAUCCAAGUCCCCGCUGCACGCGCACCACCACCACAUUCAUCACCACCACCCGGCCAUGACUGCGGCGCAGCAGCAGACCCCACUGUCCAAAGUCACUACCACCCUACUCAUCGAUUCUUCAAAGGUGCUGGCCUCCCUCACUUCGAAGCCCCGGAACUACUUGGGUUCCAUGGUCUACCUUCCCACGCAUACUCCGAAGGAAGGCUACUCGGUAACACAUCCUCUACUCCCCCGCUUCGAAGGCCGCGAGAACUCGAUCUUUCAAAUCAGGAUUCCCAAGAGAUUCCUGAGCGAUUCGCACCGUCGCGACGUUUGCAGGAGGAGAUGCGUGUGGGGCACCGAGAUCUACUCGGAUGAUUCGGACAUCGUUGCGGUAUUGAUCCACACCGGCAGAAUUCCAGGCUGGCUUCCAGAGGACGUGGACCCAGCUCUCGUGAAGGAGAGCGGCAGGAAGGUUGUCAUCAAGGGGGCCCUAUCGGCUUCUGGUCCUUCGUCUCCGACCAACUCAUCCUCUGGCAAGUGGAAGGCCAACGGAACUGCCGCCAAGAAGGCUGAAGAGAAGGAGAAGGAGAAAGAGAGGGAUGUCGCCGAGAUUCCCGCUGGAAAGGACCUGCUGGUCAACCUGUUGAUCCUUCCUACCUUGGAGCGGUACUCGGGUUCGGUACGCUAUGCACUCAAGAGCAGAAGCUGGAAGACAAUCCACGAUGGCAUGUCCUAUUCCAUCUGGGACAUGCAAUGGGCGGAAGCCGGCGCUGCCGAGAGCCGUGGUGGUGGCAGCAAGAAGCGACGCCUCGAUGAGAGAGAGUGGGUCCGUCGGUGGGGCGAAUUGCCUCCUUCUAAGAGAGGCAUCGGGAAGGUCGGAGAAUGGGCCAAGGUGGAAACUUGGAGUCAUACCGAGUCGAAGGAUGGCAAGGGAAAUGGCGAGGUUGAGGUCGGAGCUUAA